UCUUGUGUUGACUGGUUGAUUUGUUGAUGUAAAAGGUUAUUUUCAAAUUUUCCCUUCAUUUCAAUUUUAUGAAAUAGCAAGCAGUACUGAUUCAUUUUAUAUAAGUAAUUAAUUUGAAACGUUUAAAUAAAAAUGGCUAAUAACAAAGACCGUGAGGAACCUGUUGUUCAGGCGAAGCAAUGUUAUUCAAAGAAAGACUUCUCAGGGACACUUAUACACUUAAAUGAACUUGAAAAUCUGGUGGGAACCAACCAUAAACGUGUGCAGCAUAAUAAGGCGGUUGUCGAAUUCAUGGCUAGUGACAUGAAGAAUCUAGACAAGUUUAAGAAGGCUAUAGCUUUGCUCACAGGACUGAACUUCCCAGACAUCGAACUCAAAGAAUGGAACUCACCAUUUCUGAUAUAUAAUUACGCUGUCGUUUUAUACCAUUCAAGGUACUACUACCAAUGCACUGUGUUACUUGAAAAACUUCUCAGUUCCAAAAAUAUUAAAGAUGCUAAGCUUCAACAACAAGCUAUCCUAUUGUUGCUAGAAGCGACACUCUGUCGGAGAACCUAUGAUAAGACUUUAGAAGUUGCUAAAACAUAUGGAGAUAUAUUGAAGAGUAAUAAUGAAGUAUCUGAUUUAUUUGAAAGACUUGUAAACAGGGCUCAGCUUUUACUAGGGCAAAAAAUUAAACUGAAGUUGAAAGGUGAUUUCAUAGAGAAUAUAUUCAUAAUUGCACAGCAACAAUAUCUCAAUGGAGACGUGAAGGAAGCUGCAGACACACUUGGGCAAUACAAAACGUUAAAACAUAAUUACAAUUUGAAAACUCAAGGUGAAGAUAUUUGGGCCGCUAUUAACAAUAACCUUGGUGUUAUAUAUUUGUCCAUCAAGAAACCAUUUUUGGCAUCUAAGUACUUUCAGCAUGCAGUGAAAGAGCACUUCAAAGCCAUGGAGAGUAAUGACAGUGAAAGACUGAUAUCUUGCAGAGAUCGACCACUCUAUGUCUUCAAUUUGGGACUUGCACUACUUGCAGCAAAUAACUCUGAAGGAGCUUUUGAAUGUCUCGUAGAGGCAGCACGUCACUACCCUAACAACCCUCGAAUAUGGAUGCAUUUAGCUGAAUGUUGUGUUAAAAAAUGUUGCGGGGAAGAGGUCCAGCAGUAUACUGUCAAAAAACUUGGAAGUGGUUCACACACUCGUAUUUUGUUGGCUAGAGAGAACAAGGAGAAAUAUUCUACUUCUGGAGAAUCAUUCGCUAUACCGUCACUAUCUCUAGAAUUUGCCGCUUUGUGUUUACGUAAUGCCAUCACUUUGUUGCCGAGUCAGGAUUCAACUGCUGAGAAUUCAGGGUUUCUCAUUCAGGCUCCACCAGGCCCACCUAUUAACAUGAAACAGAGGAAUGAACUAAAAAACUCAACAUUAGUUUUGCAAAGCUACGUGUUGUUAAACCUACAGGAUCCAUUAUCAGCUUUGAUGAGUGCUAAUGAGCUUCUGAGUCAACCAGAUGUGUCUAGUAGUCACAAAGCUUGGGCCCAUAUUUAUGCAGCUGAAGCAUUAAUUAAUUUAGACAGAAUAACUGAUGCUGUGGAACACCUGCAGCCACCAAUGAUUCACGACUUGGUAUCUGUAAUGCCAUGUCAAAUGAGAGACAUGAUUGCUGUAUCUGUUUGGGCAAAAGCUGCCGUCUGUCAUAUAUUGAGGGGUGAUUUGGUGACUGCUAGAAAAAUAUUGCUUCAGAUUAACUCACCGAGGGUGUUGCCACUACAAAUGUAUUUGGAAAUUUGUACGGGGAACAUUGAGAACUGUCACACUAUACUAAAGAAGCUCAGAUUUGCUAGUGCAUCUCCUUGAUUAAAUGUUUUUGAUC